AUGGCGCACGGCGCCAACACGCUGCCCCACCUCGCAGGCCCCCUGCCACCCUGCCGCCGGCCCCAGCAGCUCAGGGCCUCCCGCGCGGCAUCGUGCGGGGCGGGACAAUGGCGGCGUCCGACGGGAUGCCUCGGCGGCAUGGCGGGCGCCGGGGAGCGCAGGGCCGGCCGUCCUGAGCCCUCCGCAGCUCGUCUGAGGUGCUCAGCGUUUCUGCCAGAUGCCUCAAGCCUGAGAAUUGCUAAGACGACAAGGAGGCAACAGGCUGAGCGGGUUCCUGUCAGUGCUCGAGUGCGAGAUCCUGAUGCUGCAGAAGAGGACGAGGAGAACCCUGACAAGGAGCCGCCAAACAUUUUCUGGAGGACGAUGGCAGCCUUCAUGUACAUGAUUCCUUGGAUAGACGCCGUGGGACUUGGCCGAGAAAUUUACCACAAAUUCCCAGUGUUCAUCUAUCUGUAUUACAUGACAGGUCCCUUUGUGGGCAUAUACUACUGCAGUCAGUUCGCGCCACUCGUCGUGUUCUUCUUGAUGUUCCUUGCAGUCGUGAAGAACAACAAGCUCUCGCACUUUGUGCGGUUCAAUUGCAUGCAGGCCAUCAUGCUGGACAUAGUUGUCAUGUUGUUCACAAUCCUUCACAGCUACUUCCCUGCUGAGCUGCGAUGGAGUUGGGUGCUGAGCGUCUUCGAUUCUUUUUCUUGGGUUGCCAGUAUGGCCACAGUUCUGUACUGUGUCUUCUUCACUUUGAGGGGGUUCUACGCCGAUUUGCCAUACGUGUCAGAAGCAGUCUACAUUCAAGUGGAGAUGUCUGAGUAUGCUUGA